AUGGCCAACCUCAACCGCUUCAACCCCUUUAGUCGGCGCGAGUCGCACUCGGUCGGCGCCAUCACCACCUACAAGAUCCUCACCCUCCUCACCUGGCUGCUCUCCGUCGUCGUCUCCGUCUGGUACACGGUCCGCGGCCACAUCUGGGCCAUCAACUACCAUCACCGGAGCGCCUUUACCAUGAACUCCAUCAUCGCCUCCAUCUUCUGGAUUGUCCUGUUCGCCCUCCAGCUCGGCUACGUCGCCCAUCUCUUCUCCGCCAACGCCGACCUCGUCAACGCCGCGUCCAGCGUCGGCAGCCACUUCAUCGUCAACAAUGUCCUGCACGCGCUCUUCGUCUGGCUCUUCGCCGGCCGCCACUUCCACUGGGCCGAGGUCGUCCUCGUCGCCAACCUCGUCAACCUCGUCUCCCUCUACUUCCGCCACAACAAGCACCCGCGCUUCAUCCACGCGCCCGUCGUCUCCGGCCCGCUCGCCUGGACCUUUGUCGCCAUCUACUGGAACGGCGCCAUCAUGGUGCCGCACCAGGACAGCCUCGUCGCCCGCGUCUUUGCCAACGUCUUCAUCUGGUCCCUCCUCGCCUUUGGCCUGUUCUUCCUCGGCGACUACACGAUGAGCUUCUCCCUCUCCGUCCUUGCCGCCGCCAUCGGCGUGGCCCAGUUCACGCACCACAUCGUCGCCCUCCAGUGGAUCUUUGCCUUCACCAUCAUGGCCAUUCUCUUCCUGGCCACCCUCGGCGUCGCCGUCCCUGUCUGGACCGGCCGCGACAUUCGCUGGAGGAAGCGCACCGAGAUCACCGAUGCCGAGCGCGCGCCUCUCCUCAACGAGUAG